GGACUUAACAGCCACCACCUGCUCCCCCGCUUAUGGCAUCCGAAGAAUGCGAGUAUUUUUCGCCAUCAUGUGACUCCACCUCGUUCUGGACCUACCUGUGCGUGUGCGUGCUGCUUGUAUGUGCAGCAGGCUUGAUGGCUGGUCUCACCAUGGGCCUCGUAUCGCUAGACAUGCUCAACGUUCGUAUCCUCGAGAUGGAGGGCACUGAAGUUGAGAAACAAUACGCUCGCAAUGUGCGCCCCGUGCUGGAGCGCCAUCACUUGCUGCUAGUCACGUUACUUAUCGUGAACGCCAGUGCCAACGAAGCACUCCCCAUUUUCUUGGACAAACUGGUGCCCGAGGGUGUGUCCAUUAUUCUUUCUGUCACAUGCGUGCUCAUGUUUGGCGAGAUCAUCCCAUCUGCCAUCUUCACAGGCCCCAACCAGCUCCGUAUCGCCGCUGCCUUGACCCCCGGUGUCAAGGUACUUAUGGCCGUCGUGUUCCCGAUUGCCUACCCCAUCAGCAAAUUACUAGACUGGUGGAUUGGAGCCGAUCACGACGCAGCUCAAUACAAACGUAACGAGCUAAAAGCUCUCGUGACACUUCAGCGUGAUAGCGAAGCUGUGCGACAGAGUUUCUUGGAGUCUCAAUUGAGCUCACAUAUUAGCAGUACUAGUAACAGCGUCCUGAUGUCUCCCAAUACAUUGCGAAAGCAACCGCUACUCAAGCCAGAACCGGAACUGGAAGUCGAAGUGGAGUUGGAAAUUGAGUCUCCGAAUCAACGUAAGCGCCGGCGUCAGCAAGCUUUGGCAAGUGGCACGCGACUUAACGUCGAUGAAGUCACCAUUAUCCACGGCGCACUGGAUCUCUCCUGUAAAACAGUGACGGAAGUUAUGAUUCCUAUGAGCGAGAUAUUCAUGCUGGAGAUUGAUACCAAGCUGAAUCACAAUACCAUGGCGGAUAUCCUGGCUUCAGGCCACAGUCGUAUCCCAGUGUACGAAACCCGUAGAUCGAAUAUUGUCGGCUUACUUUUCGUCAAGAAGCUCAUCGUGCUGGACCCCGAUGAUGCCCGUCUGAUUCGAGAUCUCGUGCUCCGAAAGCCCAUUCUUGUGCCACCUAGUGGAUCAUGUUACUCGAUGCUGAAUGAGUUCCAAAAAGGCCGCUCGCAUAUUGCUCUGGUCACCAAGGAAACAGAGCUUGUGGCAACUUGUUGGAGGAACAACAUGCCUAUUCCACCUCACGUUGCGUUCGAGGGUAUCGUGACUAUUGAAGAUGUGAUCGAAGAGCUCAUCCAGGAAGAAAUCGAGGACGAGAGCGACAAGUACGUGCAUGAUAUCGUCGACGUCUGGAAUACAAAGUCGCAGCAAUCACGUCUGCAAGCCGUGGCUUCUAAGACCUUCAUCACUAAGAAGCUCAAAAUGCUCGCAGACCGUGCGCGUCAACGCGUCAGAAACCGAAAUCAAGAUGCUCAGACUUCCAUCCAAGUCACGAUUGUAUCUGGAAGUGAAUGAACUACCGAUACGGUGCCACAGCUCUGCUGAAUCUGAGGCUCAUUGGAUUAAGUAAAUGUACGUGUACUGAAUGGCACCACUCAUAUCUCCUCUCUUUGUGUCUGCAAUUUCGUACUCACUAUCAACCAAAAUUACAGCGGAACAAAGUUGGUAUCCAGUGGCUGCCGAAGACGCUCCAGUGGGACUGAAAUGGGCGGUAAAUCGUCCGAAAACGAGUGACGACUCGUCUUAGGUGGGAACAGAUCGUCCGAAAGCGACAUAUCGAUCACCUCCUGCUUCGUAAGUGAGUCACGACCGCACUUUGGCCAGACAUCGACCGUAAUUGUGUCGUCCUCCAAAUAGUCCACCAGCACUACUGGCACGCACUGUAACUCGAGCUGAAGUCCCACAUUAUAGCGGUGGUGGCCGUCUAGGAUAGCUCCUGUGGCUCUGUCCACAAGUAGCGGCUCCAGAUACGCAUUCCAGCGCACAGUAGCGCGGCGGAGACCAUCAACGCGAUCCCAGCUCACAACGUGCUCGUGUGCCUUCAGCCAGCUCAGCAUUGCCAAAUGCACCCCCAAUUUCUUCGGUUGUCGCUGAGGACGAGCAUCAAAGUGAUACUUGUAGAAGUACGACGUCGGGUCUGCAAUACGCGUCAAGAAGAACUUCUGACGACGUUCCUUAUCAUCGGACAGCAGGUCUUCCAGCGUCGCAGCCUUCUGUCGACAGAAACUCGACGUCGGGUCAUUCUCUCGGAUAGCGUUAAAGAAAUCUUUCGGGUCGUAGGAUGGUCGUCUGAUGAGAUCCAUCCGUGUUGACUCGCGAAUACGAUCAACGGAGCGCAGACGGCCCCGGAACAGGCUUUUAGUCACUGAUGCAGCCAAGUUCUGAGCACCACAGAUCAAGAAAAUAGACACUUGCUGUAGACUGGGUUUGCGUUCCAGAGAGCGUAACGUUUCCGUCUGCAUCUCCUCGCUCGAUACUGUUGUCUGCUUCGUUAUUUCCUCAAUAGGAAGAGGCGGUUGACGCAGGACUGACAACGGAAUGGAAAUGGGCGGCAAGCUCUCAGUUAAUCUGUGGCGACUUGUCUUGGGAGGGAACACAUCCGGCGAUAGAGACAUCGCAAUAACCUCUUCCUUGGUUAAAUGCGAUCGUCCACAACCUGGCCAGACGUCCACGUGGAUCGUUUUGUCCCCCAAGUAGUCCACCAGCACCGCUGGAACCUGUUUGAGACGCAACUGUAGAGCCACAUUGUAGCGAUGGUGGCCAUCUAAGAUCGCACCGGUCUUGAUAUCGACCAGCAAAGGUUCCGUGUAUGCGUCCCACGAUAGUGUUGCCUUCCUGAGACCAUUGACUCGUUCCCAGCUCACGAUCUGUUCGUGAGGCUUCAGCCACUUGACAUCCACGAGUUGUACCUCUGCCUUCUGAGGAGCCAAGUGAUGGUAGUCGUCGUAGUGGAAGCGGUAGAAGUAUGACGUCGGGUCGGUCACGCGAGAUACAAAGAACUCUUGUACAGCAGAGUGAUCCUUAUGAGAACUGGACGAGUCCAGUAGUACCGAGUCGUCCUGCGUCUUUGGCAGCCAAAGAUGCUUCCUCGUCUUCCUGGAGUUUCGGAUUUCGUGAUCCAGACUCGACUGCGCGUCGCUGCAAACUUCCUCGGCGUCGGCCAGUCGGGAAGGUGCCACGUUGCGCAGCACGUCAUCAGCCACGUGUUUGCCCUUGAGAUAAAGACGCAUGGACACUUGGCGCAGUACAUCGCGUUUGCGGCGGCGCACGGGGGACGCAGCUACGAGCUUGUCCGGGUGAUCCACGACGAUGCGUUCCGGCGUGUCAAGUACAGGGACGUCCUUGGCCGUCACGCCUAGCAGCAUUUCCUCCGCUGCGUCUUCAGGCUGCUCCGUAGUCUCCUCUGUUCGCUUCAUCACCACCGGGGUCGCUUCCUGUCUAAGAGUUCACGUAUUCAAUCAACACGAAAAAAUGUCAGCUUUAAUCCGUUUUAUCGUCGUAAUUCCUCUUCCAGAGAGCGUAAAACGUCGGGGAAACCACCGUCCGUGGCGGGAGUGAGAGCUAAAGCGUACCCGAAGUGAGGGGGCAUCGCCUUAAACGCGCUUUAAUGCAGAGCACCACAGGAAGGAAGCGACCUUUGCUCCCCACGAGGCAAAUCUGGUUGUGACCAGGCGAGCUCUGCCGGGGUUCUGUAACAGCCGGGAAAAAUAGG